AAAAGCGUCAGUUCGUGAGAACCGAUGGACACCAGCUUUCUUUUUUAAGUCAAACCCAACUUGAUACCAUCAAUAAUGCUUUUCUCCAAGACUCUCGGUGCUGCAGCUCUUUUGGCGCUCGCAUAUGUACGUGGAACACAUGCCGAAGACCCAUCAUGGUACAAGUGCUUUUAUCAGUGCCCCGGAAAUUCUGUUAACAAGACGGCAGAGUGCUGCUCGCCAUACGAAUUUACGAAACUCAAUGAUCAACCAACAUGCACUGUGCUGAAUACUGAUGACAACCGGGACGCCGACAAAAACGAUUUCUUGUCAUGCUGCCUCGACGAAGAAACUCCGGAUGUUGAUGCUCACCAUUUUGAGUGCAAGUCGACCUAUAGCCCCUAUCAUAACAAUUGCACUUAUCAAUGUCCUGAAGGAAGCUCUGCCGGUACCACGCAAGAAUGCUGCGAGUGGUUUGGUUAUAAGAUUCUCGAACAAGACUCUUCAAAAUGUGUUGUCCGGGAGACUGACAGCUUGCUUGACAUGGAGAAGAGCAUUUUCAUUUCCUGCUGCACUGGCGAGGAUAACCCCGAUUUGGAUGCUUACCCUAUUGAUUGUGAAGCUACCGAUUAUAUCCAUUGGUAAUGGUUAAAACAUAUCGAAUUUUUGUAAAGUAUUGCUCCAAUCCUCUACUUUAGUAUCACAUCUUAUGAUAUAUGCUCUCUCUCUUGUAUGGAUUCAUAUUUUUGACCUUUAUUUAUAUAAUAAUAAACUUGUCUAUUAUUCCUUA